GUUUAUACGAAUCAGACGUUAGACACCUUUGCCUCCCCGUACACCUUGGUACUCCCGCAUCGACACGAAAUGUCAUGUUUGUUUACAUCGCUCGCGAACAGCUUCUAUUCGUCUUUCAACUGUUGAUCGCGCUGCACGGGACUACAACACUCAUUCAAACUGCAAAGCAAACGAAAUGGAAGGAAUUCUAACGAAAACCGAGAAGCUGCUGCACUCCUAUCUGCAAGAUCGGGGCCACACCCCCGUCAUAAAACUGCUGGACAAAAACCUCUGCCAGAUGGGCGAUCUGCUCGUGCAGAGCAAAGCCGACAGCGCGUUGACCCUGGACGAGCAGGCCCUGCUUACCGCGAGCAGGGAGUGGCCCCUGCCGUUCGGUGCCAUUUCCAUCGCCAAUAACGUGGCGCACAUUUGGUUCGAUCGGGUCGCCGCAUUUCGGGCCACGCUGGCCGAGAAAGAAUGGCAAGCCGAUGCUCGUGCACCGACCGCCGGCCCCAUCUACAUCGAAGCACCGACCAGCAAAGAGUGGACCACCAUGUCGUUGACGGAAUUCCGGGCCGACAUGCUGCGAACGGUGGUGAAAAAUUGUUUCCAGCACGCCGGAUACACCGUGGUUCAGGCGGGCGAGGAGCAGCUGGCCGAUUGCCCGACCGCGAACGCUACACGCGUGAAGAUUGUGCAGCAAAAGAGCAAAGCGGUGCCGGAGCAGUGUAUCGAGCUGCUGUGCGGCAGCGUGCUGACGGGCAGCGAGAUACAGAACGCGGCCCAGUACAUCGGUCUGCGCGCGAAUGACAUGCAGCUUAUCGCGCAGCACCGGUACGGGUUGCGGCUGCCGGAUAUGAGCAAACUGCAGCGGCUCGUGUCGAGCCUCGGGCGGUCGGCGGCCAUGGUCGACAUGCUGCACACCAGACACACGCACGUGAUCGACAUGCGCAGCCAGCAGGGCAUACUGCGCAACCAGUGCUCGUCGAAGGGCGCCUCCUUCAUCAUGUACAAUUACGCCCGGCUGGCGUCGAUCCUGCGCAAGCACACCGAGCUGGUGGAGCAGGGCGCCGGCACUGCCAUACCGCCGGUGGCCGACAUUGACUUCUCGCUGCUGACCGACCCGGACGAGUGGCUGCUGCUGUACGCGUACCUGAUGCGCUUCCCGCACACGAUCCAGCAGACGAUCGGGUACGGCCAGCCGGACGGACGGAUCGCACCGUACCACCUGCUAAACUUUACGCUGUGCCUGAUCAAGUGCCUGAGCAAGUAUUACCGCAGGGUUAGAAUCUUAACGGAGAACAGACCACGGCUGCAACCGGUCAUGCUGGCCAGAUUGUGCCUCAUCCGCUCGCUGUUCGAUAUGCUGCGGGUCAUACUGAACAUACUGGAUUUGGAGCCCGUCGAGGAGAUGUAGAAACGCGUUGUGCACGUUCGUUGAGGCAUGGGAGGAGAAGAACUACUAUUUACCAGCUCGCAGGAGCGCCCUAUUUUAAGCUUGACUGUUGUUACAAUCGACAUUGUGUAUAUUUUGAAAAAAAAAAAAAAAUGUCUCAAAGAAUCAGCCAUACAAAUGAGAUGAUGGCACUGCUUACGGUGUCGACACCAUACUUUUUUUUUCAAUAAAAUUGAAAUAAAUCAAAAAAAGAAUGCAUUUUAUAAA